GGAAAGGUCAACGACCUUUGCCAGAUACAAACAUUUACAGCAGAAAGCACAUGUGAACAUCUACUGGUGUAUAUUACCUUUUCUAUGCAAUAUAAUGUGUUUGAUCAAUAUUAUGAUGCUUUCCUAGACAAAGAGCAACAGGGACAUUAUCUUCCAGGUUCGAUAAGUAAGAAAUGCCCACUGUGCUUGUCUAAUUUCUGCUCGACUUGGAGUGACACUGAACUGCAGAGUUUGAAGCAUGGCCGGUAGUGGGUCGCUCGAGGCUCGGCUCUCGGAGCUACACGCGCUGCUUGCCGAGUCUGAUCACGGCCACGGCGCGGUAGAGGCGCACAACCUGGUGGCAGACAUAGCACAGAUCUGUCUGCGGCACACGGCGGAAAGAGAUGUCGCCUACUGCUGUUCUGUGCUAUUCCAGGAGUCAACAGGAAUCACAGCCUUCCUGCGCAAAACUGUCACUCUCGACCAGUACCUGCCCGCAAAGGUAGAGACGCUGUCAUUCCUGCUGGCUUUCUUGGAGAAAAUUGGAAGGAAGAUUCAGCCUCAUGCAGUAGAGGUCAAGGAGGUGUGCAUGGCAGUGUUCAGCAGGGACAGGUUGUCCAGGGUCAAGUGUGCCACAUUCCCUGUCCUUAAGAAGGUCCUGCAGCUGACCAUCCAUUCCCAGCUGGGGGAUGAGCUCAGGGUGUCAGACAUGGUGGACAGGAUGUUCCUGGAACUGACCAUGAAGAGCCAAACUACUGCCACAGGUCUAGUAUCACUUCAAUAA